AUUAAAAUGAAAAGAGAAAGAAGCAAUAAAAAAGGAAACAGAUCCAAAAUUCCCAACAAAACAGAUUGUAACUGCCAUUGCUGUUCGUUAGUUGUUGAGUGUACGUCACACACUCUCUCUCUUUCUCUCUCACACACUUUUAAACAUUAUUUUCAGUCAAGAGACCAAACAAAACGCAAAGAUACGCCACGUCAUCAUUCUUAAAAUCCUCAAAAAUAAUCAAAUGAUUAUUAAAAAAAAAAAAAAAAACAAAACAAAAAAUCACUUUUUCUUUUAAAAAAUAUAUCCCCUAAUUCGAAACGCCCACGUUUCGGAAAGCUCAAUACUAUAAAUUAGACUCAAAUUUUCCUGACUAAUUCCACCUUCUGUUUUAUUUCUUCCUCCUUUUUUUUCCUUUUUUUUUUAAUUAAAAAAACCAAAAAAAAUUGGUGGAAGAAAAAUUCUUUCUUUAAUCUUCCAUCAUUCCUUAAUUAACUGGUCCAAACCCCAGAAAUUUUUCAGCCAUAUAUCAGAAAACCCUGACUCAUAAUUCUAAAAUUCUUGAUAAAUUUUGAUCAUAAUAUUUUUUUGUAUUGUAAGUGAUUUAAUAUAAUUUAGAUGGAGACGGCAGUAGGAACCCAAAACCAACCCUCAUCACCCGUCGUCGUAGCCGGUCAGGGAACAACCCCGGUAGCGAAUACCGAGGUGGGGGGAGUGUUUGGGAAUCUGUCAUUGUAUGUAGGUGACUUGGAUGCAACUGUGAAUGAAAGUCAGUUGUAUGAACUGUUUAAUCAAGUUGCUCCUAUUGUGUCUGUAAGGGUUUGUAGGGAUCAGAACAAACGAUCCCUUGGUUAUGCUUAUGUCAAUUUCUCUUCGCCUCAAGAUGCUGCAAGUGCCAUGGAGGUUUUGAAUUUCACGCCUGUAAAUGGCAGGCCUAUUCGGAUUAUGUAUUCUCAUCGAGAUCCUAGCCUGCGAAAGAGUGGAUUUGCUAAUGUUUUUAUCAAGAAUUUGGAUUCCUCUAUUGAUAACAAAGCACUGCAUGACACAUUUGCUGCUUUUGGUGCCAUACUUUCCUGCAAGGUAGCUAUUGAUAGCAGUGGCCAAUCUAGAGGAUAUGGAUUUGUACAAUUUGACCGAGAGGAAGCUGCACAGAAGGCAAUCAAUAGUUUGAAUGGCAUGUUGUUGAAUGACAAACAAGUGUAUGUUGGAUCUUUUGUUCGGCGUCAGGAAAGAAACGGAGAUGGAUCACAAAAAUUUACUAAUGUUUAUGUGAAGAAUUUAUCUGAAAAUUAUACUGAUGAGGACCUUAUGAAAGCUUUCAGCCCAUUUGGUUCCAUCACAAGUGCUGUUGUGAUGAAGGAUUCGAGUGGAAAAUCCAGAUGUUUUGGUUUUGUGAACUUCCAAAGUCCUGAAUCUGCAGCAACUGCUGUUGAAAAGUUGAAUGGAACGGUUCAGGAUGACAAGACUUGGUAUGUAGGGAGAGCUCAAAGGAAAUCAGAGAGGGAAGCAGACUUGAAAGCUAAAUUUGAACAAGAAAGAAUCAGUCGCUAUGAAAAGCUGCAGGCUGCUAAUUUGUAUUUGAAAAAUCUUGAUGAUAGCAUAAAUGAAGAAAACCUGAAGGAAUUGUUUUCUGAGUUUGGAACUAUAACAUCAUGCAAGAUCAUGCUUAAUCCUCAUGGUGUUAGCAAGGGCUCUGGUUUCAUUUCGUUCUCAACCCCAGAGGAAGCAACAAAAGCAUUAAAUGAAAUGAAUGGUAAGAUGAUAGGAAAGAAGCCUAUAUUUGUUGCUAUUGCCCAACGCAAAGAAGAACGGAAAGCAAGGUUGCAGGCUCACUUUGCUCAAGCUCAUCUGCACGGAGGAAUGGCACCCCUGCCGACUGGGAUGCAUGGAUUCUAUCCUGGGUCACCUAGACUUGCUCCUCAACAGCUUUAUUUUGGCCAAGGUGCUCCAGGUAUGCUUUCCCCUCACCCUGCAGGAUAUGGGUUCCAGCAGCAAAUCUUGUCAGGGAUCCGUCCAGGAGUUCCCCCAAACUUUGUGAUGCCUUUCCCCGUCCAGAGACAUGGGCAACCUGGACAACGUGUAGGUGGAAGGAGAGGUGGUAAUGCUCAUCAGUUGCGGCAAGAGCAACAGACUGCAAAUCGCAAUGGUGGUCAGAGUUUCAGAUAUAUGGCUAAUGGACGAAAUGGCCUUGAUUCGCCUGUGGCUCCUCAAGGUCUGGGAAGGCCAUUGAUGCCAAUGACCUUGGAUGUUUCUGGAAUGCCCUUAAAUGCUGCUGAUUUUGCAAGAUCUGGCUCACUGUCAGUGCCAACACUUGCUUCUGCCCUGGCUGCUGCAUCUCCUGACAGUCAGCGUAUGAUGCUAGGGGAACAAUUGUAUCCAUUGGUGGACCGUCUUGAGCAUGAUUAUGCAGGAAAAGUCACUGGCAUGCUGUUAGAGAUGGACCAGACAGAAGUACUGCACCUUAUUGAGUCUCCUGAUGCUCUCAAGAAGAAAGUUUCUGAGGCCAUGGAUGUUCUCCACUCAUCUACCUUAGGUUCUGAAGCCGGUGACCAACUUGGCUCACUUUCAGUUACUGAUUGAGCCAUUCAUAAUCUUCUCAUUGAUACUCUUUUGCUGGGAAGGCCCAUAUUUUUGAGGGCAGGUUGAACUGUCAGUUAUGGGCUGUACUUUAAGAAUAUCUUUGAGAUGUUAGACUAAUUAGGAUUUCAUUUAGGUUGCUUAACUCAUUAUAGCACAGGAUUUGCUUCUUUUAAACUGUUUUUUUCAGAACACAGUUGACAGAAGGUUAUUCUGGUUAUUAUAACUUGGGAUUUUUGGAUAUUGUCAUUUUAGUUUCAUGGGGAUAUCAUAGUUUAGGUUUCCUCAUGGUCAUUUUGGAUUUUUGAUAUGAGGAUAUCAUUAUUGGGGUUUUGGAUUUUAUUUUUUUUAUUGAUAAAUUUUAGUGAUGGGAUUUUUCUAAAUGCUGUUUCAGAGCUGCAAUAUUUUAAAUUUUGACACUUUCGUGUGAAGUUUGCUAAUACUCUCUGCUUUAUACAUGGCUGUGAGUUUGUGACCUGUGAGCCUCAUAAUUUCUGCAUGGAGGCAUAAGGCCUUUAUGAUCUGAUGAUGAGUUUGUAAUGGUUGAUCAGACCUACAUGUUUUCUGAGGCUAAGAAGAGGAAGGGGAUGAU